AUGGCCACUUCAAGGAAUGAUGCUAAGACUGUGGUGAAAUUUAUCAAGAAGAAUAUUUUUGCUCGAUUUGGGGUACCUCGAAUCUUAAUCAGUGAUGGUGGUUCGCAUUUCUGUAAUACUCAACUUCAAAAGAUGUUGAGUCAAUACCAUGUGAAUCAUAGAGUGGCGUCCCCCUGCCAUCCUCAAACUAAUGGGCAAGUCGAAGUAUCCAACAGAGAAUUAAAGAAAAUACUAGAAAAAAUAGUGGUGUCAACCAGAAAAGAUUGGUCAGCCAAAAUAGAAGAUGCACUGUGGGCUUACAAAACUGCAUACAAAUCUCCAAUUGGUCUGUCUCCUUUUCAACAGGUGUGUGGCAAAUCAUGUCAUUUACCAGUCGAAAUGGAACACAAGGCAUAUUGGGCUAUGAAAUUUUUGAACUUUGAUAAGAAGGCAUCCAGGGAGCACAGAAAGAUCCAGUUGUUGGAGCUAGAAGAAAUGUGA